UGCAGAACUAGAGAAAGAGCGGAUGUCGGUCUGGUCGUACAGCGCCGCUAUUCGUCCGAGUUUUCCGUCCCAGUCGGUAACUGGCCAAUAGCGAUCGUGUGUCGAAAGGAAACACGACGUCUGUCAGCGUGAUUGGAAACGUGACCUAAGGGACAGGAUUUCGGCUCUGCCGAGAUAAGUGUCGCGAGCCGAAAUCGGGCCGUAUUGUAGAAUUGGCCAGGCCGUACGAAGUAGUAGCGAGGAGGAAGCGGAGGAGAUAGAGGCAGAGUGCUCGAUGCUCGAGUGUCAGGAGGAGAGGUUCGAAGAAAAUCCAAAGCGCGAUAAGAUGGCGUCGCGCACGUCAGAGCCAGGGAAGAAGUGAGGGGCAGAGGAAAGACAGGAAGAAAGAGGCAGGCAGGCAGGCCAGGCGACUGCGAAGAGUGCGAACGUCGCCAGGGGACUACGGUGUGUGACAGAGAGUGCGAAUUACGGUGCUGUCAUGUCCUGUUCGGGCUUCAGGAACGGUUGCGUCUCGAUCGUCGUCGUCGUUGCCGCGGUGAAAACGUAACGCGUGGAUUCUAUCCCGUCGUGUCUCUACUUACGUACACCAUCAUCGAUGCCUUUGUUCGGCAAUAAGAGCUGUUCUCGUUGGAGCGCGUUAGCUUCGAGCAUACGAGGACGAGGACGGAGUUAGUAGCGGCCACGGUUGGCUCGACCGCACGGCUAUACGGUUCGAGAAAGAACAAUCGGCGGUGUGGCAGUGCGCAAUCGGCCCGAUAUACACGGGGGAGAGAACAGAGCUUUCCUCUCGGUCCUGGACACGUUGAGGAGGAGAAGGAGGAGGAGGAAGAGACGGAGGCGAACUGGCAAAGAGAUGCGCGAGUUCAAGGUAGUCGUCCUCGGCUCGGGCGGGGUAGGCAAGAGUGCACUCACCGUGCAAUUCGUCUCGGGAUGCUUCAUGGAGAAGUACGAUCCGACGAUCGAGGAUUUCUACCGGAAGGAGAUCGAGGUGGACAACUCGCCGUGCGUGCUCGAGAUCCUCGACACCGCCGGCACCGAGCAGUUCGCCAGCAUGCGGGAUCUCUACAUAAAGAACGGACAGGGUUUCGUGGUCGUCUAUAGUCUGACAAACCAUCAGACCUUCCAGGACAUCAAAGCCAUGAAGGAAUUGAUCACCCGUGUGAAAGGCACCGAACGAGUGCCGGUGUUGCUCGUCGCGAAUAAACUCGACCUGGAGCACCAACGCGAGGUCGACACUGCUGAAGGCACUGCUUUGGCGCAAAUCUGGGGUUGCCCGUUCGUCGAGGCGUCUGCGAAGAACCGUACGAACGUCAACGACGUGUUCGCCGAAAUCGUACGCGAGAUGAACGUCAGCCCCGAGAAAGAGAAGAAGACCUAUUGUUGCAGUGUCCUCUAAUGAUUAAUCAAAAUCCUGGCUGACCGGGCUAACCGAGCCAUGUUAGGUAAAGGAUAGAAUCUUUGUCGGUUUGUAGCGGCCGACGAUCGCAGUCCGCUGGAUCGAUUCGCUAUUCUCUUCGGCUCAACAUUUUUGGGCAUGUGCUGUGAAUUCGCCAAUCUGUAAGACUAACGUGUUACCUUGGAUCUUUGUGAAUUCUACUAUGUCAAAGACUCUUGGUUCUUUUUCUAUCUGAAGAUCACAGUCUGCCACGGGGCUCGCUGUUAAAUAUUUUAAUAUACAUGGAUAGUAUUAUAUGUAAUAUUAUUGUAAUAUAUAAAGAUAGACGAUAAGUGGGCAACGAACGAGGUAACUCCGUCAGCAAAGGACCAAUACUCGACAGGAAGGGAUUAGGAAUGGACUUGAACGGGCAUAAAGAACCGCCCUUAGACAGUUUUUACGCUUGUCAACAGCGAAACCAAACUCUAUAUGUCUAGCUUUCUGCUCAAUUUGAAAAAAGCGUACAUCGUGCGUUUCUUCUAACCCAUGAAAGACCUGUGCCGCUCUCUCACAGGUUCGAUGCCAACUAACAAAGCAUCCAUACUACUUUGCAGAUAUUUGAAGGAAUCACUGUGGUGGUCAGCCAUUCGACGUAGUGGAAACAAUUUGAAUGACCGAGUAAAUGUUCUUAUUACCAUGUAUAGUCGGAAACUCUAUAGAGGAGGCAAACGGUCUUAUAUAUGCAUUGUGCAAUGAUAUCCAUUAAAGAUAUAUUAUCUGUGCUCAAAUGUCAGAGGCUGCGGUAAAGAAUACUUCGUAUAAAGGGUUCGAAAGGUGUGUUGUUAAUGUUUCUGGUAUCAAGUGUACAGCUCUAUUAGCAAAAAUACAUGUUUUAUUAAGGGAAAUGUAUAGAGUCUCCAAAAAUUCUCUCAAGGAUUUAGAUUUGGAUGAUUGUAUUCUCUCUCUGAUUUUUUAAUACGAUUCUUUUGCACACCGGAUAUUGCUUUUCGUUGCAUCGAUUGGAAUGGGAAUUGCAAGCACGAUAUCUGGUGCUUUAAUUGAGGAAAAUGUAUUAGACGUAAACAAAAGGAGAGUGAACAUUGAUAGAAAAGAUAUUGCGGUAAUCUUACAGUAAAAAUAUUAGUACAUAAUGUCAAUCGUAAACAUAAUUAUAGGAUUUAUAUGGUAAAGUCUGUACGAUAGUAACAAAAAAUAAUACAAAGACUUUGUACAAUUCCAAUAAGUUUUUUAGUGAAUUUUUGAGCCAGCAAGAGAAAGCAAGGCUGCGGACACCUGUUUUACUCAAAGGCUUGCUGGUACAUUGAUCCCUUCAACUGCAAGACACGUUACGUGGUUCUCGUAAAAAUAUCAGAUAUAUCCAUUGCUUUGUACCGAACAAAGAAUUUCAUUUGAAUCUCCUCGAAUCUUUACGACGUCGAUUGCCAUUGAGUUUCGUAAAUGUAAAUCGAUGGAUGUGAAAAAAAGAAAAAGAAGCAAUUGACUCCCUUAUAAGUAGCAGUAGGUCGUGUGUAAUUUUUCUCGUGUGAUCAAAAAAGAACGAAAAAAGGAAAAACAGCAGAAAUCAUAUUUAUAAUACCAUAACAGUGAUUACAUUAGCUUGAUAUGUUAUUAUUUAACACGCUACCAUCGAAGUCAUUAAUUUUUCUGUGUGUGAUCGUCGCACGACGUACCGUUAAACAAAAUAAGGGUUGUUCGCUCGACUAUCUUUUUUUUCUUUUUAAAUCGUGUCUAACCGAAGGAUGUUAACCCUCGCAAGUGCACCGAGAAUCUCGACAAUUAACGCGGAUGACCGUGCCUGGGUCCAGUUUAGACCGCAGCAUUUUUCCAUUUGUAUAAACAUUUUCACCGUCGAAACAAUUAGUUUUGAUAAAUUUCUCUUAUCUGAAACGGUAGUUCCGUGUCAAAACGGUAAUUCCUAUGAUCGUCGAAUAAUAAAUUAAUAAAUACUAGCCUCCUGUAUAGCUGUCUUUACACGUGUGCGUGCCCGUACACGCAUACGCAUGUACACAAACAGAUCCGCGUGUCGUUCAGCGAGGGUUAAUACAAACUUCUGAAGAGAGAUGAAACAAAAACAAAAAAAUGUGUAUUUAUAGUUUGUAUAAUAUCUACUCGUUCGUCUAGAUUUUACCCGUCUUUCGGAUCGAAUUGCGAUGUUGAAUUAAAACGAUACCGCUUCCCGGCAAGCCGCAGUAUCGGAGGACCUCGAAGUCGAACUGAAAAAGCUUCAAACGAACUGAUGUACAGUAUUUCUAUCAUGGGUAGUUAGAGGAGAGUCCGACGAUACCUGUUCCGCGCGGGAAGAGCUAUCGGAUGUACGUUAAAUAUGUUUCUUUUUCAAUUGUCGGUGCACUUUUCGUAACGGUCGUCUUUAUGUCGAAUACGCGGCGGCUCUGAAGCAUAUACGGCUUUCAAAACUAUUAACUUAUUGUGGAAACAAAUUUGGAUUUUGCGUGGAAAUCUACAGUCUAAUAAUUCUUAUGAUUGCGAUGCGUUAUAAUCUCAAGGACCGAUGGAAAUGAGAAAAUAAGGAGAGUCAAGCGCUGCGUAUUCGACCGACAAAGGGUGCUAAUACGUCACUCGUCAGUUUAAGAUUGGCGAUGCGUAUGUAUACCGACACGUAGCGAAUCGGCCAUCUAAUUUCGUUACUCUUUACUCAACUGAAAAAAAAAAUGAAAAACAAGCCAGGAGGAAAAGUGGAUAGGUAGAGGGAGGGGUAGGGUGGGAACAGGGAGAGGGGGAAGGGUAUAAGGGGGACAACAGAUAAUUACUCGUAUCCUCUAUUUUAUCACUCGGAAAAAAUUCAUAGUCUCGCUGUGAUCCCGUAGAUGUAACCGCAGUUUUUCUAUUAAAAACGACGACGAUAAUAAACCGUCGCGUGUAAAAGCCAUUCACCGGCGAAUCAAAGGGCCUCUUUGUGAAACGUGUAAUCGCCUCUCGCUCUAUUAUCGUUACGUUUUUUCCGCCCCCUAGGUUUUUUGUGCUUCGCGAAAACCAUGGAUUGGCAAAAAGACUUAAAAAAUGAGAGUGGGGAGGGGGGAGGGAGGGAGGAAAGAGGGUUUAUUAACUGACUGGGGAUAGCCUUCCGAGUAGCUAGCCCUCCAUGGAAACGAACAAGGAAUAAAAAAGAGGUUUCUAUAUUUGUAUCGCUUCUGUACACACACACACACACACACAUACGCGCGCGCGUACGCGUGCAGUAUACACGCAUUUAUACGUAUACACACAUAUACACGUAGGACACACGCGUGUUUAACCGGACACGAGAUCGUGUUUAAGAAUAUUUUUCUAAAGGGCACGAGUUUUUCUGAGACUUUUGCACGAGACGAAAUGAAAUUUGUCCAAUUACUCGGAAGGUUAUCUGAUACGUGAAAAGUCGAGCUAUGUCCGAGUCAGCAUAUCAAUGUCAAGGACCAGGUUCGUUUCUUUUACUUCCUCGUUUUCGGCCAGCAAAUCCUUCCGAUUUUUCAAGAGAUAGAAAGAGAGAUAAAGAGAAACAGAGGGAUAGAAAGAAAGAAUAAAUUUUGGAAAACGAUAACUUUUUUUAGGAAAAGAAAGCACAAGAAUUCACCACCUAGAAAAAAGAAGAACGAUUCGCAUACGAUUUUAUAAUUAGAUAUAAAUAAAUAAGUAAAUAAAUAAAAAAAAUAAAUAUAUAUAUAUAUAUAUAUACAAUAUAUAUAUGUAUACAUGCAGAUUUGUUACGCAACUGGGUCACAUUAAUUCGAAAAAACACCACGAUUUAGAUGUAUAUCGGCCUUUCAGUACUACCUGCGUAUCGAUAUUGAGUACGAAAUACGUUAUAUUUUUUACAAUGUGAAGAAUCUGUAAAUAUCAUAGCGUCGAAUUAUAUAUAUAAUAUUAGUAAUAAUAAUAACAAGAAGGAAUAUACCGAUAAAUGAUUAUUUGACAUCCGAGAAAAGACAACAUUGAGAAUGACUAACAGUAAAAAAAAAUGUGCAUUUCCGUUAAGAAAUAAAAAGAAAGUGGUUUGUGUUUAAUAUUCGCGGGACGCGGUACGUUUCUGAGUUUUUAGUGUCUUCAUUAUUACUUUUUCUGUUUUAUUUUUUCGUUGACUAUCGUUUGCAUGAUCACUUGGGUAGACGGAGAAUGGAUACUCGAGAUACUUACAACCGACAUCAUCUGCGAAAAUAAGAGAAAUUUUUAUUCGCUGGUAAUUUUAAUCUCUCUCGAUUGUUCGUUUAUUCUGACUUGCGUCGGAAAGGGAAAUACAUAAAGGCAACACGCGGUAUUUUUUACAUGUAGUAACGACAAAAAAUUAUAGAAAAAGAACGGGAGAUUACUUAAAAAGGGUAUACUAGAAUUGUAUCGUUUGUAUAUUUCUCUAUUUAAUGCAAGUGAAAAUAAACGAAUAAGAAAUCACGAAACCGCAUUUUCUUUGCGCAAAAAUGAUUGUAGAGCACUCGGCAACGCGUGGAACUGUUUCUUCUUUUUCUUUAUAGUGCAUUUUGUUUUUACGUCGCAUAAUUGUAUUGGCGCAUUUAGCUACGAUUACCAGCAUAAGAAUCUAGUCACUACAGAAUUCUUGUAACUCAAUGACAUGGAAAAAGAAAAGUGCCAGCCAAAAGCUCCAAAAAGAACGUUUUUACAACUGUAUUAUCCUAUCGUCUAAUAAAUUCUGUUCUAAACGAUUACAAUACCUUGAAAAA